ACUGUCUAGUUAAGAGGAAAAAUCUAACAACUGACAUUCUUUCCUAAUCAUAGGUAAAAAGAAAUAUCAGAAGAAUAAUAAUCAUAAUUACCAACUUUCCAAGACAGAUGCUGCCCCCUACCUUCUUUCUGUAUGUGUUUUUGUUCUGUUCUUUGCUUCUGCAUUGCUUGGCAGGAGAUACCUUAACAAGAAACAGUCCUAUUAGAGACAGUAGAGGAGAAACUCUUGUUUCUAAUGGAGAAAAAUUUGAACUUGGUUUCUUUACUCCUAAUGGAAGCACUGAAAGAAGAUAUGUUGGCAUUUGGUAUUACAAGUCCAGUCCACGCACGGUUGUGUGGGUUGCAAAUAGAGACAAUCCACUUUUAGAUCACAGUGGAGUCUUCUCUGUUGACGAGAAUGGAAACCUUCAGAUACUGGACGGGAGGGGGAGAUCUUUCUGGUCAAUAAAUCUUGAAAAACCAUCCUCUAUGAACAGGAUAGCCAAGCUAAUGGACACUGGUAACCUGGUCGUCAGCGAUGAAGAUGAUGAGAAGCACUUGACAGGAAUUCUGUGGCAGAGUUUUGAAAAUCCAACUGAAACAUUUCUUCCAGGGAUGAAAUUGGAUGAAGAUAUGGCACUCAUUUCAUGGAAAAGUUAUGAUGACCCAGCAUCUGGAAACUUCAGUUUUCAUCUAGAUCGAGAAGCAAACCAGUUUGUCAUUUGGAAAAGAUCCAUUAGGUACUGGAGAAGUGGAGUUUCAGAUAAUGGUGGCAGCUCCAGAAGUGAAAUGCCUUCUGCAAUAUCUUACUUCCUGUCAAAUUUCACCUCGACUUCAGUCCGCAAUGAUUCUGUUCCGUAUAUCACUUCAUCUUUGUACACAAAUACAAGAAUGGUGAUGAGUUUUGCUGGCCAAAUUCAGUACCUGCAGUUGAAUACUGAGAAGACUUGGUCCGUGAUUUGGGCCCAGCCUAGGACUAGAUGCAGUCUCUAUAAUGCUUGUGGUAAUUUUGGUAGCUGCAAUAGUAAUAAUGAAGUGGUAUGUAAAUGUUUGCCUGGUUUUCAGCCUGUCUCACCAGAGUACUGGAAUUCUGGAGAUAAUUCAAGAGGAUGCACCAGAAGAUCACCAUUAUGCAGCAACAGUGCUACAAGUGACACAUUUUUGAGCUUAAAGAUGAUGAAAGUAGCAAAUCCGGAUGCACAAUUCAAGGCUAACAGUGAGGUGGAAUGUAAAAUGGAGUGCCUCAACAACUGCCAAUGUGAGGCUUUCUCAUAUGAAGAAGCUGAAAACACUAAAGGGGGUGAAUCUGAAAGUGCCACCUGCUGGAUUUGGACUGAUGAUCUCAGGGACAUUCAAGAGGAGUAUGAUGGUGGCCGUGAUCUCCAUGUACGCGUAUCAGUCUCUGAUAUAGAAUCAGCAGCAACAACUUGUGGGACUUGUGGAACUAACAUGAUUCCCUAUCCCCUUAGCACUGGACCAAAAUGUGGUGAUCCCGCAUACCUUAAUUUCUACUGCAACCUCUCAUCAGGCCAGCUUAACUUUAAGGCAAGAGGCGACACCUACAGAGUCACAAAAAUCAAUCCAGGAAUGCACACAUUUGUCAUCCAAACUGAAACUGCAGAUAGUUGCAAGUCCAUAAAAUCAAAUGGAAAUCUCUUACAGCUCAAUCAAUCGUCUCCAUUUCAUGUGAUUAGAUUUUGCAAUGUUGAUCUGGGUAACAUUAGUUCAACUAUUUCUUUCACGGGCGGAGACGAGGUUGAGAUAGGUUGGGAUCCGCCACCUGAGCCAACUUGUUUUUCUUCUUCAGACUGCAAAUAUUGGCCAAAUUCAACUUGCAGUGCAAGAAUAGAUGGAAAGAAAUUGUGCCUUUGUAACGCAAAGUUUAAAUGGGAUGGUUUGAAGUUGAAAUGUACUGAAGCAGGUCAUUACAGUGAGAAAAAAGAUGGUUCUUCAAUAGGAAAGAUUCCAUUGUCUCUGAUCAUUGCAGUAGCUUUGAUUAGUCUCAUUGCUUUAGCUGUUCUCUCAAGCACCAUUGUUUUCAUAUGUUUGCAGAGAAGAAGGAUGCCGAAGCUACGAGAAAACAAGGGAACUUUUCCAAGAAAUUUAGGACUUCACUUCAAUGGUAGCGAGAGACUUGUCAAAGACUUAAUUGACUCAGAUCGGUUCAAUGAAGAUGAGACGAAGGCUAUAGAUGUGCCAUGUUUUGACUUGGAAAGCCUAUUAGAUGCUACAGAUAACUUCUCAAAUGCAAACAAGCUAGGACAAGGUGGCUUCGGGCCUGUCUACAAGGCUACAUUUCCAGGUGGAGAAAAAAUUGCUGUCAAGAGGCUAUCAAGUGGUUCUGGUCAAGGAUUAGAAGAAUUCAAAAAUGAGGUUGUCCUGAUUGCCAAGUUACAACACAGGAAUCUUGUGAGGCUUCUGGGCUAUUGUGUUGAAGGAGAUGAAAAGAUGUUACUGUAUGAGUAUAUGCCGAACAAAAGCUUAGACUCAUUCUUAUUUGAUCGAAAGCUGUGUGUGUCACUGGACUGGGAGAUGCGCUAUAACGUCAUCAUUGGAAUUGCUCGAGGGCUUCUUUAUCUUCACCAGGAUUCCAGGUUGAGAAUCAUUCAUAGAGACUUGAAAUCAAGCAACAUUCUGCUAGAUGAAGAAAUGAACCCCAAGAUUUCCGACUUUGGCUUGGCAAGAAUUUUUGGAGGCAACGAAACUGCCGCAAACACGAACAGAGUUGUUGGAACCUAUGGUUACAUUGCUCCUGAGUAUGCAUUAGAUGGCCUUUUUUCUUUCAAAUCAGAUGUGUUCAGUUUUGGCGUUGUUGUGCUUGAGAUUGUCAGUGGAAAAAGGAACACAGGAUGCUAUCAUCCAGAACAAUCUUUAAGCCUUCUAGGCCAUGCCUGGAAUCUUUGGAAAGAAGACAAGGCAAUGGAGUUGUUGGACCAGACAUUAAGCAAAACAUGCAACACAGAUCAAUUUGUGAAGUGUGUAAAUGUUGGGCUAUUAUGUGUGCAAGAAGACCCUAGUGAUCGCCCCACAGUAUCCAACAUACUUUUCAUGCUUGGAAGUGAAACUCCUACUCUUCCAGAUCCUAAGCAACCUGCAUUUGUCUUUAGGCGAUGCCCUUCUAGUAGAGCUUCUUCAUCUAGUAAACCAGACACAGUUUCCAAUAAUGGGUUAACAGUCACCCUAGAAGAUGGCAGAUAGAAAGAGUAGUUACUAAUUAUCAGGCUUUGUUGCCGUGUUUUUCCUGAUAAAGAAUAUUUUCUAGCCUGCUUUAUGUGUUUUUGAUUUUUAUUCUUACUUAACUGUACAAUAUCAUUGAUUUCAGGAUUGCUAGUGAUUUCAAGAUUUUCCUGUUCUUUUCCCUGAAA